CAUACUUGCUAUAGCAGGAAAGAGAAGGAGAAGCAAGGGAAAAGGAGAGAAAGAGAGAGACUCGAUUUAAAUGUGGCACUGAGAAAAACAAAGGAGGGAAAACAGAUUGUGUAUUAAGAUGUGUUGCCUCUGGUGAAGCGCCAGUUGAAGACGAGGAAGAACAUUUGCAGCCUUCAGUUCUCAGUAUUAUUAGCAUUAGUUUCUGCUUUGGUCAGCUCGGAGACGAGAAGCAGCCAGUGGAAGACGGCAGAAACUUCAAACUGAGCUGCUGGGAGUCCACGACGGACAGCAAGGGAUUUAAUUCGAGAUCCUGGUUUCAGAUAAAGGAGCAUUCUGUGAAACUGAGGAGCAAAGAUGAACCAAACUGCAUCCGUGUCUCAUCAGAUUGAGUGUCAACCUGCCAAGGACACCAAGGAGUUUGUGGACGUCAGCCCCCCUCAGAGGAACUGGAAGGGCAUCGCCAUCUCUCUGCUGGUGAUCGUGGUGGUCUGCUCACUCAUCACCAUGUCUGUGGUCGUCCUCACACCCAUGGAGCUCCCCGGCAGCAGCAAGUCCAGGAUGACUGUGGCAGAUCUUUACAAACCAGAAUUUAGCAUUCAUGAUCCAGAGGCCACGUGGAUCAGCGAUUCAGAGGUGGUGUACAGGAACCGGGACGGUCACAUCAUCAAGUUUAACUUUGUCUUGAACGAGACAGAAGUCAUAUUGAGCAACAGCACAUUUGUGGCUUUCAAGGUGGCAAAGUACUCGCUCUCUGCAGACCUGAAGUACGCACUCUUUGCUUACGAUGUCAAACCGAUGUACAGAUAUUCAUACAUGGCGUCCUACAUCAUUUACAACAUCUACACCAGGGAGGUUUGGGAGCUAAACCCUCCAGAGGUUCAGAACGCAGUGCUCCAACAUGCAGCAUGGGGACGACAAGGACAACAGCUGAUCUACAUCUUUGAGAAUAACAUCUACUACCAGUCAGAUGUGAGGAGUAACUCCCUGAGGAUCACCUCCUCUGGGAUGGAGGGAGUCAUCUUCAAUGGACUCGCCGACUGGUUGUAUGAAGAAGAGAUUCUGCAUUCGCACUUGGCUCACUGGUGGUCGCCUGAUGGAGAGAGACUGGCUUUCCUCACUGUCAAUGACACCCUGGUGCCCAACAUGGCUCUGCCCCAGUUCACUGGCAGCACCUACCCCCGAGCACUGCAGUACCCGUAUUCUAUGGCCGGUCAAACGAACCCUGCUGUCAAGUUGUCGGUGGUCAACCUGUUUGGAGCGACACACACUCAGGAACUGCAGCCUCCAGAUCAGCUCAGACUGAGGGAUUUCUAUGUCACCAUGGUGAAGUGGAUCAGUAGUACUCACCUCGCCGUGCGGUGGCUCAACAGGCCCCAGAACGCUUCACUGCUGACAGUGUGUGACACUACCAUAGGAGUCUGUCUUCAGAGACAUGAGGAAUCUUCAGAGACAUGGCUCUCCAGACAGACACAGGAGCCACUGUUUUCCAAGGACAGGAGCAGGUUUUUUCUCACGGUGCCCGUGAAACAAGGAGGUCAGGGAGAUUUUCACCACAUCACAAUGUUCACCAAAAAGUUACAUAGUGACCAGGACGAGGCCCACCACUUAACGUCAGGAGACUGGGAGGUGACAAAAAUCGUAGCUUACGAAGAAAACAAUGAGAUCAUAUACUUUCUGAGCACAGAGAAGUCUGCACAACAGAGACAUUUAUUCAGUGUGUCGACCCUCGGCCUGUUUCCACGUCGGUGUCUAACCUGUGGACUGAAGGAGAAGUGCACGUUUUUUGACGCAGACAUCAGCCCCGAUGCACAGCAUGCCAUCCUGCACUGUAAAGGUCCUGGAGUUCCAGCUGUGCUGCUUCUAAGCUUUGAUGAUGUGGACUCAUAUUUCAUCUUGGAGAACAACCUCCCUCUGCGGUCUGCGCUGGAGACCACAAGGAGGGUUAAGGCUGACAUCCGGAUGAUCACUAACGACGACUUUGAGCUGCCUCUGAAGCUCAUCUAUCCUCAUGAUUUCUCUGAGUCCUACCUCUAUGGCCUUCUCCUUGUUGUCGGCAGUUCUCUGGGUGAUCAGGCGGUGACAGAAGAGUUCAGGUUGGACUGGGACUGGGUGUUGGUGGGAACUGAGCAGGUCAUCGUGGCACAACUCGACGGGAGAGGCUCAGGCUUCAGAGGUCAAAGGGUUUUACAGCAGGUCCAUCAGAGACUUGGCACCGUAGAUGCAGAGGACCAGAUCACAGCUCUGGAAUACCUACUGAAGCUGCCAUUCAUUGAUCACACUCGUGUUGGAGUUUUUGGAAAGGACUACGGUGGCUUCCUCACACUGAUGAUGCUGAAGUCGACAGAGAGGCUGAUCAGAUGCGCUGCAGCUCAGGCUCCUGUCAUUGACUGGACCAUGUACGCCUCUGCGUUUUCAGAGCGAUACUUUGGUUUGCCUUCCACCGAGGAGAACAGAUACCAAGCCUCCAAAGUUCUGCCCAACAUGAAAGGUCUGCAGGGAGGAAGUCUGUUUUUAGCUCAUGGGACUGCUGACGCAAAUAUUCACUUCGGGCACUCGGCAGAGCUCAUCAAGCAUCUAAUAAAGAUCGGAGCCAACUACACUAUGCAGAUUUAUCCAGAUGAAGGACACUUCCUGUCAAGACGCAGCCAGAUUCAGCUGACUCACUCCCUAAUUGGAUAUUUUAAAGGUUGUCUGCUUGACGCAUCAUCGUUACUCGACCAGCAACGAAGUGAUGAGUGAGAGGGUGAUUACUGGCCCGUGUUCCACAACUACGUGUGUCUGUGUGUUUCUGAGCACACGUGCCCCUGGUAGGCUGAGUGUGUGAGUGUUUGUGUUUUCUACCCGUAGCACAAUGUUUGAUGGACACAACAAGCUUCUCCUGAAACAUAUCAGACUAGUUUCUAUAGCUCAUCACCUCAGCAGAAUAAAUCUCUCAUAUUCAGCCCUGAUAGCAAGUAUCAUGAUGUCAUUUUCAGCUUUUUCACCUUGUCUUGUGUAGCAUGAUUUUAUAACCCAACAAAGUAUUGUUAGACCAUCUAUUAAUUGUGCUUGAUCUUCUGCUGUGGACAACAGAGUUGGACUUUAGUGUUGCAGAUCCUAGCAGAGAUGUUCUGUUGAUGUCAUGGAUGGAUUAUGACACAAUGACCGUAGACUUGUAAAAGACCUCCCCACCGUUCAACAUAGCAGCAAGGCACGAAGACUGAAACGGACACAGUUUGUUUGUAUUUUUAAGGUUUUUGUUGUUGUUAUCUUGUAGGAUGCUUUGCAUGUCUUUAUAGUCAUUCUGCAUUUCCUUGCAGUUGUUUAGUGUCUUGGUGGACAUUUUGUGUUUCUUUUUAGUCAUUUUUGCAUCUUUUGUUGUUGUUCUGUGUCUCAUUUUGGCCAUUUUUGCUCUCUUUUUGGGAUAUUUUGCAGGUGGGCCCCAGGGGCCUCCUGACCCUUUUGGCCUUGGGCCUGUGCCCAGGCAGCCUGUGCUGUAAUCCAUCCAUGGUUGCUGGGUUGAAACUUGUUAGUAUGUUUUUCCUUUGGCUGUAUGAUGAAUGGAUUUUUUUAAAAACCUACUGUGUUAUUUACAAACUCUUUCUCAAAGCACUAAAAGUUUUAAUUUUGAUGCAGAUGACAUCAGUCUGAAAAUGCACAGAUGUCAUUGGUUUUGUGAAACUUACACUGGAAAAAGUUGUUUUAAAGUGUGACAGAGCCUGGCAUCAAGCAGUUUUGGGACAUAUUGUUACUCUUAUGGCAGCUUUGUUUCCCUCUUCUGAUCAAACAUGACUGACUCAUCAUGGCCAAAUAGCCUCUUAGGGAAAAUGUCUUUCUUGGGUUUUGUCAUAUCAACCAUUGUAUAUUUACUGUAUGUGGAGCAGCUUAACUGAUUUUCAAAUAUGGCUGCAGAUUUGUAGUUAUCAAGCUUGUACACAGCAGUAUUGCUAAAUCAGUGUAUAAAACUUUGUUUUAGGAUCUUUUUAUCACACUCCGUUGGCUAAUUUCUGCUGUAAUGUACUCAUUUGUGAUGCUUUGAUAGUUUCAGGCCACUGUUAGUGGGGCAGAGGAUUUAUUUGUGUUUUUCUCAUUUCUGUUGGUUGCCUGAAUUGUUUUAAAAUAUCUAGUGUCCCUUUAAAUUGUUGGAUGACAAAACCACUUACUGUUUAGUAAGAGUAAUAUUAUUUUUGUUUUAUACAUUGAAAUUACUGUCCUAAUUUAUUAAUUAAAAAUUCUCUUACUAUUUCAAGAGCACUUGCUUUUCACUUUGGAGCCCAAUUUGUGUAUUUCCAGUUGCUUGAAAUGCGUUUGUGUUGUAUCAAACAGUGUGGAAAUACUCCAGGUUAUAGUCUUAUCCAUAAAGUAUUGCAAUAAAAGGUAUCAUAAGGGUUAUGGCAGCUCCGAGCCUGAGAGCGUUAUUCACUGUGAUUAUGGGUAUGAGUGAAUCAGACAAUUACUGCUGGCUGCACACCAAUUCCUUUAAUCACAGUGAUGUACUGUACGUCUUGGGUGCUGCUGCAGCUUUUAAAUAUGAGGAGACAGUGAGUGUUCACUGUCUGGGGUUUCAUUUUCGCAUAACAUUUUAAACAUAAAAAACAAUGAUGCCAUCAUACAACAGGCACUGGUAUGAAUUGUGAUAUCCCCUAAAGCAAUCGGUUGCCAUGCCGACAUCUUUGGUAGCCUUGGAGACAGCUAUGCUCUCAUAAUUAAUUUAAACAUGAAGCAUGGAGCUCUUUGCGUCCUGAUGCAAACAUCAUCCUGCAUUUACCUGCUGCUGCUGCCCGUGUGUUUAACUUUUCUUCUGGGUGGGUGGCAUUGUAAGUGUGGGAGGAAUUAACAGAAGCUUACUGUAUUUUUCAGCUGUUUUAAUAUUAAAGAACAAUGAACAAGGCAUUUUUG